AUGGGCGAGUCUCUUACGCCAUAUUAUGAUGGGGGUUUGAAUUAUAAUAAUCAUAUCCAUCCCCUGAUGCACGAGCUCAGCUCACUCUGGCCGUCUCGGAAAGUUGUUGCCUGCAUAGUCAGUAUCGACACUGGAGUUCCACCUGAUCGGAAUGUCGGGUUACUGAAAAUCAAUUAUUUCAAAGACCUCAUUACACAAACCGCGAACACAGCUAGAAACUUUCAACAGGGUAUUGAUGAUAGAUACGGCCCUGAAAAGAAGAUUUAUUUCCGCUUUAACGUCGAACAUGGACUUGGACAGAUAGAUCUAGCUGAGUGGAGGGAGUCAGAUAGUACCAAAAAUACUACGCAGUGCUAUCUUAAUGAGCAGUUGGUAAAGGUCGGCACAUGUGCCGAUCGACUUCUCUUCAGGGGAGAUGUACUUCAUGAUCCGCUUCAACAGACCCAGCCCGAACAACAUAUCCUGCUUGUCCAUGCUUUGGGCGGAACUGGAAAAUCACAGCUGAGAACUAAGAAAUUCCUCCUCGUAUUUGACGGGGCGGAUGUUCUCAACCGCCCCGAGAUUUCGACCUCGAUAGACUUGACCAGGUUUAUGCCGCUUGCAGACUCGGUGGAUAUAGUUAUUACAACACGCCAGAGGGUGACAAAAAUUCAAGGUCGCUGCUGUGUUUCUCUCGCAGUAGGAGAUAUGAAGGAAGGAGAUGCGGUGAAGCUCUUACUUGACAAUGCCCAUAUAGAGCAAGAUAGCAUACGUCAAAAGCGAUGUAACAUAUUUGACCUGAUGGCAACAUACAAUAAGCUGGGGAAGUACACCGAGGCGAUAGCCACGUGCACAGAGAAGAAGGAAAACACAGCGCCCCGGUCAUCCCGACAUCAUUCAUCGCUUACUUACGCAGAUGUACCCAAGUGCCAAGGCAGAGUACCAGAGGCAGCCGCAAUUCAUGAGGAAGGCCUUCCCAGAAUGGAGAAGAAGUUGGGCCACAAUCAUAUAGACACUUUAUGUUCGACGGUUAAAUACGGCUACGAGUUCAAGCUAGGAAGCUUCAAAGAGAGACUCUUCAAGGAAUUCCUCGAAUUAAAGGCAAAGACAGUUUCUGAUUUGCAACUACCCGCGGAUAUAAUCUAUUCAAAAAGUAAUGCUAUUUUUGAGGUAGAAAAGCUGCAAAGAGAAGCUGUUGAAAGAAUUAUUCCUACGUUUGGGGAGGGCUGUCCUGCCACCAUUCAUGCCAUGGAACGUUUAGCCGGUACAUUGGAAGACUUGGGGGAAAUGGGCGAGGCUGGAGCAAUAAGAAGAGAUGUCUGA